GCAGCAUUCAGUACGUGUGACUUCCCUUGGUUUAAGGUGCAAGCCUCGUCUUUCCUCCUUUAUUUAUGUAAGCUGUAAUCGGCUCCUUUUUUUGUUUACACCCCUGAGGCGCCUUGUUUUGUUUUAAACGGGAGCUGAAACGCAUUGUGAGGACGCUGUUGUAUUUCUUUGGAAAACUCCAUAACGCACAAUGAUGUUCGAGACCAGCCAAGAUGACUUGCUGCUGUUUCCUUCAGAGGGCUGUGAUGAAGCAUUUCUUCCAUCAGAGGGCUUGGCUAGUGGAGGUCAGUCCUUGGCUGAGGCCUUGCUUCCUUUGGUAGAGUCUCCCUCUCCUCCACUCAACCCCUGGCUCUGCUCCACACGCUACAAGACUGAGCUGUGUAGCCGCUAUGCAGAGAGUGGUACUUGCAAGUAUGCAGAGCGGUGCCAGUUUGCUCAUGGCCUUCACGAUCUCCAUGUGCCCUCCCGCCAUCCCAAGUACAAGACGGAGUUGUGCCGAUCCUUCCACGCAGCUGGCUACUGCAUGUAUGGAAGCCGUUGCCUCUUCGUGCACAGCCUAAAGGAGCAAAGGCCAAUUCGUCACAGGCGUCGCAAUGUGCCCUGCCGCACGUACCGUGCCUUUGGCGUUUGCCCCUUUGGCACACGGUGCCACUUCCUGCAUGUUGAAGGUGGCUCAGAGUCAGAUUGUACUGAGAAGACCUGGCGCCCACCUUCCCGUUCCAGUGAGUGGAAACCCCGUGGUGCCCUCUGCCGUACCUUCAGUGCUUUCGGCUUCUGCCUGUAUGGCACUCGCUGCCGAUUCCAGCAUGGGCUCCCCAAUACAGUAAAGGGCCUUGAUUUGAGCCAGGCACCUUGGUCACCACAAGUGCCUGGAAGGGCAUUGUCUCCAGCCUCAGAUAUGCAGUCUUCCUCUCCACCAUCUUCAGCCAGCUUAUCACCCCAGUCAUUGUUGAUUUCACCUGCGUUCCCUGAUUCUGAUCCAGUCACACCCCUGUCUGCCGAAGUGGUUGCCAACAACGCUUUUACCUUCAGCAGCCAGCACCUGAAUGACUUGUUGCUGCCUUUGGCCUUCAGGCUCCAACAACUGGAGCAAGCUUCUAAUGUAAAGGCUGGCAUGCUGGACCAACCACUACUGCCAUAAUGUUUAUAGUCUAUUUUUGUAAAUAUGUCUUUGAUUCUUUUUUUAUUAUUGCAUGUUUAUUUUUUUUUAAUUCCCUAUGUUUUGAGACUUAAUUGGUCUUAAUUUUUUAUAUUUUUUGUGUGGAUGUGAUUAGAUGGCUUUUAAUGCUACUUUGCUUGUCAAGUGUGUCCUGAAUUGUGGCAAGUCUGGUAAUGAAUUAGACUAUUGUAAAUUGUAUUUUAACCCAUUGUGUAUAUUGAAGCCACUGGGACAUGGUGUGAAUGUCUUAUUUAUGGAUUUUUAAUUUAAACUGAUACUUAAGUUAUUUUCAUGAUAGGCACUGUGUGCAUCACUUGAUCUUAAUAAAACCACUAACCUUGGUUAGUGUUCAGUGAA